CGCAGCAUAGGGAGACAACGUGACAACGCGCACCCAAAGUCCUCGAGUCCCUCCGGCGCCCCCAGACGCCCCCGAGUGCCCCAAGGAGUGCCCCAAGCCCAGUCCCGGCGCUGCAGGGCGUCGUCGGCACCCUGCGCACCCCGCCGCCACCAUGACGCCACCCACCGCCCGAUGCGGCGGCACCCCCGGCUCCCCCGAGCCCCAGUCGCCGGGCGGCCCCGAGGGGGCGUUGGCCGCCAACCCCAUGGACUCCAUGGCCUCCGAGGCCUCCGCCGUCGCGACGGGCCCGACGGGCCGGCCGCGCGCCUGGAAGGUGCCCGCCUCCGACAUCGCCCGGAACACGCACAACUACAUCCGGAGCAUCGUGGAGAACAUGCGCAUCGAGCCACACCCCGACAAGCACAUGAUAGCGCUGUCUAUCGGUGACCCGACCAUUUUCGGCAACUUCAAACCGCCCGUGGAGGUGGUGGACGCAGUCCGGGAGAGCCUCCUCUCCUUUCAGUACAACGGCUACGCGCCUAGCUCAGGGUACCUGGAGGCCCGCGAGGCGGUGGCGCGGUACAGCUCGCGGGACGGGGUGGACGUGGAGGCCAAGGACGUGGUGCUCUGCAGCGGCUGCUCGUGCGCGCUGGACCUGUGCAUCACGGUGCUGGCCAACCCGGGCCAGAACAUCCUGGUGCCGCGACCGGGCUUCUCCAUCUACCGCACCCUGGCCGAAGGGCUGGGCAUCGCCACCAAGUCCUACAACCUGCUGGCCGAGCGGUCCUGGGAGGUGGACCUGGCGGGGCUGGAGGCGGCCAUCGACAGCGAGACGGCCGCCAUCGUCAUCAACAACCCCAGCAACCCGUGCGGCUCGGUGUUCCGCCGGCAGCACCUCCUGGACAUCCUGGCCGUCGCGUCGCGCCACCGCGUGCCCAUCAUCGCCGACGAGAUCUACGAGCACCUGGUGUUCCCGGGCGAGCGCUACCACUCGCUGGGGUCGCUGUCCACCGACGUGCCCGUCUUGUCCUGCAGCGGGCUCACCAAGCGCUUCCUCGUCCCGGGCUGGCGCAUGGGCUGGAUCGUGGUGCACGACCGCGGCGGCGUCCUCGAGGAGGUGCGCGGCGGGCUGCAGAAGCUGAGCCAGCGCAUCAUCGGCAGCAACACCCUGGUGCAGGGCGCGCUGCCCGCCAUCCUGCAGAACACCCCCGCCGCCUUCUACGAGGACACGGCGCGGCGGCUGCAGCUGCACGCGCGGAUAGCCUUCGAGUGCCUGCGCGAGGUGCCGGGCCUGAGCCCCGUCAUGCCGCAGGGCGCCAUGUACAUGAUGGUCGGCCUCAACAUGGCCCACUUCCCCGCCUUCGCCACCGACCUCGACCUAGUCAACAGCCUCGUCUGCGAGGAGUCCGUGUUCGUCCUCCCCGGACAGUGCUUCGACUUCCCCGGCUACGUCCGCCUGGUGCUCACGGUCCCCGAGGAGCAGCUGCGCGAGGCGUGCGCCAGGAUCCGGGACUUCUGCCUGCGCCACUACGACACCGCCGUCACCGCCAUCACCGCCAUGGAGCUGGAGCCGGCCGCCGUGCUGGCCGAGGACCUGCUCGUCAACGAGAUCAAGGACCUGCAGGAGGACAUGGAGGUGGUGGACAUCCUGGUGGAGGACAGGCUGGCGGCAGUGGCGGCCGCCCCCGGCGUCGGCCAGGUCGGCCAGGUCUGAAGCGUCCCGCCGCCCCGCUCCGCGGCUCGGGGCAGAGACCGCUAGUGCCGACGACGUCGUAGUGCGACACGGACUCCAGGAACACCAUUGUGUGCAACUAGUGUCAGUGCGACGUCCCGGACCGGACCGCCCCCGGUGUUCCUUUGUCUCGACGCCUCAGGGCGUCGCAAGUGAAUUCGUGUGCCAUUCCUGAUACUUUGGGACUUCCCCCGCCUGUUUCUUCUCACGUCGUACUUCGCACUCUCGCCGCCACCGUUGUUUCCACGCGGUGCUGCGAACGACUUCGGCGAUCAUCUUGUGUGCUAGUCGUAUGAACGCGGAGAGGCCGCGCGUGUCCUGUGACUUUGUGUUUACUGUGUACAACUUUUCGAUAUGACUAAUAAAAACCGAAACAACUCGAAA